AUGGCUUCGUCAGUGACCGGCACAGACCGCCUCAGCUGCUCUUUCGUUGUUCCAAACCAGGACGCAGCCGCCAGUGAUGUCAUCUCACGGUGGUCAGAUUUAUACACUUCUCUUCCUGCAUUGUCGGUGACGCCAAAGACAGAGGAAGAUGUGAUUGCUGCGCUCAUGGUCGCCAAGGAAAAUAACCUCAGGGUCAUUCCCUCUGGUGGCGGUCACGGUACCUUCCUUAAAAUUGGUUCACAAUCUCUGAUCAUGGACCUCAAACUCUUCAAAUCUAUCCAGCUGGAUAAGGAGAAUGACUCGGUGCGAAUUGGCGGAGGCGUCACGACUGGCGAGUUGCUCAAGUCACUUGCAAGUGAAGGCUACUAUACCACAGUCCCCAACUCUAAUGCUGUUGGUGUUGUUGGCGCAAUUCUCGGAGGUGGAAACACAGGUCAGAACGGCUUACACGGCUUCAUGGUCGACAAUGUUGUUGCAUUCCGAGUUAUAACCGCUGAGGGGAAUGCCAUUGAAGUCCAUUCAGCAUCCACUGGAGACGAGCUCGCCCUGUUUCAUGCCCUACGCGGUGCUGGCCACGGACUUGGCGUUGUCACAUCAGCCGUCAUGAAGGUAUAUCCUAUUACUUCUCUGCAUUUGUCUGAAGACAAGCUCUGGACGAGGACUUUGAUCUUCCCGCCUCCGGCACUAAAUGAUGCUGUCAAAGCCUUCUUUACCUUCACACAUCUUGCGGAACAGAUUAAUGUUCAGCUCACCUUUCUUCGCGCGCCUCCCGGCUUUCCCUCGCCGGGUGCUCCUCUGAUCAUUUCGUCUGCCUCAUUCUUUGGCUCCGGUGAAGAUGCAGAAAAAGCAUCCAGUCCGCUCUUUGACGAGAACUUGGUUUCCAAGGCAGUGAAAGCUGAUACCGCACUUAUACCGCUUGCAAACAUGAACGACGGCCUGGAAGCACAUAAUGCCCACGGGGGCUUUAAAACCAUGAACGCCGCUCGUGUCAAGUCGGUCACGCCGGAGGUCAUUACCAAAGCAUUCGCAGCGUGGAUCAAGGGCACGGAUGAAAUUCAGGAUGCUAAACGUACUGUUGUAAUUUUUCACGCCUUCAACCCAAACAAGCUGCAGGUCAAUGGGGUUGGACAAGAUGGAAAAGGCGUGUUCCUGGAAAGUCGCGAUCGCGGGUUUAAUUUCACCGUAUCUGCGUGGUGUGUGAACCCGAGUUCUCAAGGGAAACUGCUCGAGUUGGUGGAUGAGCUUUUGGCGAUCGGGCGAAGCAGUGACACUGUUGCCCCGAGGACAAUGCCCAAUACAAUGAGGUUUAACGAAAGUUUGGAAAAUUUGUUUGACGAGGAAAGAUUGUCUGAGCUGAAGCGUGUGAAGAAGGUGUGGGAUGCAGAAGGAUUAUUCUUCAGCCCGUACGCGAGAGCACGGGACAGUAAAUGCUAA